CCAACUGUUCUUUUAGUUAACCCGUCUCGGUUUGCAGCGGUCGCUCAAAACCUGUGUGUCGCAAGGGGACGGAGGCUCAGCGGCGUUGGAGAGGGAUGGACGAAGACGACGAGAUCGAGGGAGGAGUGGUGGUGGGGCAAAUCCCCACGGUCUUGGUCCCGCGCCACAUCAAGAAGAGGUCUCUUAGGAACAAAGGCCUCACCGUCGGUUUCGACGACAAAGAGCUAAGGGACUUUGUUACUGGCUUCCACAAGCGAAAGAAGAAAAGGAGAAAAGAGGCUCAGAGACAACUGAAAGAAAAGGAGAGAUUGAAGCGUAUCCAGGCUCGUAAAAAGCGGAAGCAAGAGAGAGAAUUGGCUCUAUAUGGCAGAAUUAUUUCUUCAGAAAAUCCAGUAGGAUCUGAUUCAGGAGCUGAUGAUGGCAAUGAUUGUGAAGAAGAUGAAACAAACAUUGCUGGAUCAGUUCCAGAAACAAAGGCGUAUGAAGAUGGCACCACAACAAUUACAGUGACCACUAGUGAACUUUCCCAUGAAGACGAAGAUCCGAGGCCAGCACAUGUUAUUGCUAAGCCAGCCAGCAGAGUCGAAAAGCGUAAUAGCCUAUCUACGAAGAAGCAGCCACUGAAGAAAGUUCAUAAGCACAAAUUACACAAUAAGGGUCGGAAGAAGCCUACAUUCCAGAAGAAAGAUAAAAAGAAGGGCAAGAACAAACGUUAGUUGAUAUGAUAAUGAUACUUUCAUUUAAAAUUUUCUAACCCGGCUGCAGGAUUCAGCAUGUUACUUUUGCUUGUAUGCAACCAUGGAGGUUGACUAGAUGUUUCUCUGAGCGCAUCAAGCUAUAUUUCAUUUGCGGUGCCGAUAAUUCUGGUCCCCUUAUAUUUUGCAUCAAUUUUGUUGCAGAAAAUUCUUAGUAAAACUUAGUGUUGUGAAGGAGCAUGUGUGA